UUGUGAUGCUUCGUCACCAUCUUCUCAGAUUAAGUGGUAAACAUCAUCUCUCAGAGCUUUGCAUCACCUGAACUCAACAGGCUUCUCUCGUUUUCAGCUUUAAGGCUUCAAGAAUUAACCCUAGACAUCUACUGCCAUACACCGACUCUUCUGCCCUGGGCGGAUGUCCUACGCCGUGAAUCUAUCAGGUCAAGAUAUCUAAUUGCCCAUGGACUCUAUCCCUAGGAACGGCUUUCCACAGCUGUUCUCACACUUCACUAUUAUAUACUAUGUGGUGACGUUGCUUUUCGUUCCCUUCAGCAAUGCAAUUGAGCAGCAGCCGCUGGGCACAUCCUCAUACUCGGAAACAACGCCCAAGCGGGUUGCGAUAAUCGGAGCUGGAGCUGCAGGCUCCUCUGCUGCCUAUAAUCUGCGCAAGUACGCGGAUGCUCUCCAAGUCCCAGUCAAUAUUACCGUAUUCGAACGGGAGUCCUAUGUUGGAGGUCGAUCAACCACGGUCGAUGUCUUUGAUGACCCGGCCUACCCUGUGGAGCUGGGUGCAUCAAUAUUCGUUGAUGUUAACUACAACCUCGUCAAUGCAUCUAAAGAGCUUGGUCUUUUGGCCAGCAGUGCCAGUCGCGCUCGACCAAUGGAAUCCGAAGACACUAUCGGAAUCUGGGAUGGAGAGCAGUUUGUGUUUGUGCUGCAAGACACAUACAGCUGGUGGAAUAUCGGAAAACUACUCUGGAAAUAUGGCUUGGCGCCGAUACGAGCUCAGAACCUGAUGAAAAGCACUGUCAACAAAUUCCUUCAACUUUACAAGGAGCCCGUGUUUCCUUUCAAAUCACUCUCUGAUGCUGCCGCUGCAGUGGGAUUGUUGGAUGUUACCGCAUCUCAUGGUGAUGCAUUCCUUGAAAAGAAUAAUGUCUCUCCUGAUUUUGCCCGGGAUAUCAUACAGGCGAGUACUCGCGUCAACUACGGACAGAACUUGGCCCUGAUCCACGGUCUCGAGUCUAUGGUUUGCCUGGCCACUGAUGGCGCAGUGGCCAUCCAUGGCGGGAACUGGCAAAUCUUUGACGCGAUGCUCAAAUCAUCUCGAGCAAAUGUUAAGCUUAACAGCACGGUGAAUUCCAUUGUACGCAACAAAAACGGCACCUCGACCAUAACUUUUAAGUUAAACAACCUCGUUGAAGAGAGUCUCGUUUUCGACGAAGUUGUGAUUGCAGGACCUUUGCAGUACUCUGAUAUUUCAAUCUCCCCCUCGCUUGACAAGACUCCAGACCAAAUUCCUUAUGUGAAACUUCAUGUGACUCUGUUCUCUUCCCCAUACAAGCUCUCACCCAAAUACUUUGGUCUUGAAGGUCAAGUUGCCGAAACCGUCCUGACAACUCUUCCAAAAGGAAUGAAUCUUGGUCCCGUUGAGAAAGGCGUUGGUCCCUCUGAAUUCUGGAGUAUCAGCACCCUGCAGGCAGUGAAGCCUCCAUCUACUUUUCCCGGAAAUCACAAAAAGCACUAUGUCUACAAGAUAUUCUCGCCGAAACAGCCAUCAGCGGAUUUUGUCGCGCAGAUAUUGGGAAUUGAGAAAUCAGAGAAAGAGGACUAUACAAAGAAUUCAACCAUCAAAGACCUUCCAAGCCAUGAUAUCAGCUGGUAUCAUGAGAAGAUCUGGCAUCCAUAUCCUUACCUUUAUCCACGGGUGACCUUUGAGGAGACUUCUUUGGCCCCGAAUAUCUGGUAUACUGGUGGAAUCGAGAGUUUUAUUUCGACCAUGGAGACCAGUGCACUGAUGGGUAAGAAUGUGGCGGCAUUGAUGUCUCGUUCGUGGCAGACGCAGGGGGCUGAGAAAGAUGGCGUUAAGGGACAUGAGAACAGAGCUGAGCUCUGAAUAAGACCUGUUUCUUUUCUGCUGUCAUAUUUCUAUUUUUUAUUCUAAUCAGAAACAUAUUUGAUCUCAUAAAUCAAGGUGUAUAUGGUGAUUCUUUGUUCAUUCUCAUUGUCCUAACUUAUAUGGGAUAGUGGCCUGAGAUCUCCCCUCUGCGGUGACGACAACAUGCAGUGAGGACAACAGCUGAUGUGGUGUAAUAUGCAAAUGUUGUCACACCUACUUAAUUAGUAAAUGAGUGAUGUGUACCAAUCUACCUCUAUCAUAAUGCAUUGGUUAAGCUCAAAUCUGGUUUUCCAUUCAUCGAGAGAGCAGAAUUAGUCUUAUCACUGACCAAUGUAUUCUUCCCUCCUAGCCCAUCAGACUUGACAGCUCCGGUU